GUAUUCUUUUCCUGCUGCGUUGGACACUUUGGUUUAGCAUUUCCCAUUGUUGUCUGGUUUUCGGCUCUAUCUUUUUCUCAAAAUGACGCGUGUAACAUACGACACGUUUCAAUUUAGCGAAGGAUGUAGUGGUGGGUGGCUUCCUGGCCCUUAUAUUUCUCCAGCAAAUCCUGCCCCGAUACACGGCCGAAUUAUAGCGUCUUCACGAAUCCGGACAGCAUAUAUGCCUACUCGUCUUGUUCGCGUUUCCGACAUGCAAGUUGUGCAAGGCUCAACAGUGACAGAAAGAUAUUGCGCACUCUCUUAUGCCCGAAGCAACAGAGCUCAAAAAUCAGACCCGGAUACCGAUAAUCAACAGCAUGAAAUCAUCACAUACGAUGAAGACGACAUCCAAGAAAUACUAGCGAUAAAAUCGACAAAAACAAGGACCGCGAGAGCAGCACAGACAUAUGCAGUGGCAGAUGCUGUAGCGAAUUCGACAACUCACAGAGUUACUUUUCAAAAACUUAUUCAACGAAUAUGCCAAGAUUUCGGAAUUCGGUACAUCUGGUAUGACCAAUUUUGUGACGUUCAUCAAACCGAGCAAGAAAACGAAGGAAUCAAAGACAUGCACCAGAUUUAUCGCAAUGCGCAUUAUACAGUAGCUCUCAUCCCGGAGCUGACAUACGAUCCUAAAGAGGACGUUAUUGGAGCAGACAACUGGCAGAAUGCGAAGCGAAUGUGCACGAAGGUGGCCAAUUCCGAGUUGUGUAACCAAACAUGGCCAUUUGCAGAAGCAUUCAUAUCAAGAAAUUUACUUAUUGUGGGCCGCAAUACGCACGCGUGGUCAGCUAGCAUUGGGGAUCCAAGAAGAAGCACCACAAUGGAUAUGACUCGCACUACCAAGAUGUUUGUUUAUUCACUUUGCUCAUCCUCCGUAUCAAAAACAGCUAUAUCGUCGCCAUGGAGCACUAGGGCUAUUUUGCAGCAUUUUCGUAGCAAGCGAAACACCUACAGCACAUACGAUUCAGUCUCUGCACUAGCCAGCAUUUUCAACUGUGUAAUCCCCGAGAUGAACGACUUGAUUCGUUAUGAUCAAUCGGUCGACGAGCUGAUGCUUCGGUUUUAUGGACUACUCGUGCAAUACGACGCUUCGUUACUCUGUAUUGGGGAACCCACCUCCGCUACCACCGCAACUGCUACUUUUAUCGACGAAAAGCGUCACGGUGAUGAGCGGGCAGUACUCGUGUCUUGGAUGGGUGAUAUUUACAAAGGAUGUCGAUAUCAAGAUAUGGAAUUUAUUCCCCGCCAAGUACAAAAUAUCGACAUUUCCGGGACGUUGAUGCAUAUAAAAUGCAAAUGCAUCUCGGUUUCCAUCAACAAAGAUACUAGUAGUCGAGUCGUACCAGAGGACCUUUACUUUCGCCAAGGAGAACAAGGAAAACCUGUCACCGAUAAAUCUCUGACGUUCCUCUCCUGCUCGAUCGAGACGGAGCCAUGUGAAUUUAGUAAUUCACAUAUCAUUGCUUCUGUCUAUGGUUUAGAUAUCUCCUGCUGGCUCCCGCUUCGGGAAGAUGGCGGUCUUUGGGUUAACUGCUCGCCAACCGAAUCGAGUUAUAAUGGUGGAUGUCUCUCACUCACAGAUGAUGACUGUACCGAAUGUCUCAUUCUUACCGACCUCGAGUUUGAGACAUACAACAACAGCUAUAGAGCAUUACCAAUCGUCGCUAUUACUACAGAACAUGUUGAUGGGGAUGAUGAACACUACAAAUUCAUCGGUUUAUGCAUUUUGUAUAAAACCAUGCCUCUCAAGUGGAUAGAAAUCGAACGAGAACUUGUAAUUGAAUAGUCGUUUUAACGUUUAAACUAUUUUUUUUCUCUCAUAAAUCAUUAGUAUUUUUCAAAUAUUAGUACAGAUAUACAAGAUGAACAAGAUGAAAGGAGGAGAAAGAGACGGCUUGCCCGUUCAAAUGUCUAGAUAGGUCUCAUCGCCAGGAUAUGCCAAGAAAGAAUGGUAGCCCUCCUUUGCUCUAGCAGUAUCAGUUUCUUUAACUUUACCCUGCUGUGCCAUUACAGUCGAGAUACGUCUAUCGCUUGUUCUCAAUGCACCCAAACCGCUUUAGUGGCAAUAUUAUUGUAUUCCUUAAAAGAUACCAUGGUGUGAA